CUAGAGGUGUAGUUUGGUUAACUAUAAAUAUCCAAGACAUACACACUACACAAAAGAAAAAAACCGACAGAACCAAAAUCGUCAUGAUUCCUUCUGUUUUACAAAACUUCUUGUUUCCACCAGCACCAUCUUUGUUCGUGACCACGAAGUUGAUGAUAGAUAUCUCAUUGCUUACAUGCGCCGGGUACAUGGAAUCCACAGGCAGACACAUGCAGUAUUCCAAAUUCUUGAACCAAGGUCUUACAAAGAAAGAGAGCGAAAUGAAGUUUUCGAGUCGAACUGGGAUGCUUCUGUUCUAUACACCGGCGUUUCUUGUGGGCAUGUCUUCUUUCGUCGUGUUCCCCGAACAAGAUUUUAGAUUUGUGUUGCUUGCUACGGCUCUUACCGUUCAUUUCUUGAAACGGGUACUUGAGGUCUUGUUUCUUCACAAGUAUAGCGGUUCUGUUGGGCUAGAAUCUGCAAUAGUUGUCACAUUGAGUUAUACCCUCUCCACCGUAACCAUGCUAUAUGCUCAAUAUCUAUCAGAAGAUUUCCCGAAUCCUUCAGUAGAUCUGAAAUAUGUUGGAGUUGGGUUAUUCUUGACGGGCAUAAUUGGAAACUUUUACCACCAUUACCUUCUUGCUAAUCUUAGGAAGGAGGGGGACAAAGAAUACAAAAUCCCUCAAGGAGGGUUAUUUGAUUUGGUUAUAUGCCCACACUAUCUCUUCGAAAUCUUGGGGUAUGUGGGAAUCUCUUGCAUUUCUCAAACUGUUUACGCAUCUGUUUUCACUUUAGGUACAAUGUUUUAUUUGAUGGGGAGGAGUCAUGCCACACGAGAAUGGUACCUAUCUAAGUUUGGGGACAAGUUCCCUAAGGAGGUUAAGGCUUUCAUACCAUAUGUUUUUUAGACCACGGCUGGGAAUAUAAGAUUAAAGUCAUGUAUUGAGAAUACAUUUCAAUAUUUUUAUGUCUUUGACAAUUUUUGUUGCGAUGAAUGAGAAGUGUAUGUUUUAGGUAACAUAAAAAAAUAAUAAAUAAAUGAAUACAUAAAAAUUGGUUGUGUUGAGUAACUAGUAGCUUCGUGGCGGGUCGUAAGAGGA